UACUUCCGGGUCGGCGUAUGUGCUUCCGGUUACAUUACAGUACACCUUUGCCUCUUCUUAAAAAUAAAAGCUUUAUUUUUCCAUGUUCUCUAUCCCGUAUUUAGUUCGUCGCCGGUCAUGAACAGAUCAGUGGUGCUGCGUAGGCUGACCUCCCGCAUCCUGUCCUGUACCAGGGGAUCAUGUCUGCUCACAGGCCGGAUGACAUAUGGUGUGCAGCCUCAUUUACCAGGUCACACACCUGCCCAGCAGAACUUUAGUGGACACUUUAUACCUAAAAUCACAGCCCUUGUCAGGUAUUCAGACUUGUCCACACAGAAAUACACCAUGAUUUACACCCUGCCACACAUAAAACUCCUUAGAGCCGUGUCCAGGCUCAAACUGCUCCAAACUGCUUUCACUCUGGUCAUUCUGCCACCAGUAUUAGCCCUAUAUCUCCACGGAGAUGUCUCCCUCUUUCUUGUCAGCUACACAACCGGGAUAGCACUGUUUGCUGGUGUCAUGCUAUACACUGCCAGUCACUUUUUCAGAAGGAUUGUUGGAAUGAUGUACCUGGACCCAUCACAGAGCACUCUCAAAGUGAGCCACCUCACCUUCUGGGGCAAGCGUAACGACAUCUUCCUACCUGUGUCGGAUGUAAUGACCAUCGCUGACACAGGGGACUCUCUAAAUGAGACAAUAUUGAAGCUGAAGACCUACAGCAACCCACAGACAUUUUAUUUCUCCAUCUAUUAUGGACGUGUUGUGGACAAGCAGGGCUUUGAGAAAGUGUUUGGAACCUUACAAUAAUGAUCUGUGGAAAAACUACAGGCUAAGAUGAUAUUUGUCAACAGUUAAUAUUAUUGAUUACUGAAAACAAGAUUUACUGGCAUCUGUCUGGCUGUCAUGCCCACCAGUAAAGAUGAUUUGUGAUUUACUCAGUUAAACUUGCUUUAACAAGCCUUAGCAGGACUGAGGCUUCAGAGUGAAAUGGUAAAUGUCCAAGACAGCUCUGCUAACUUAUGUUUAGAAACAAUGAAUUAAAUGUGAAAAGCUGGUAAA